CCCACGCUGAAGGUGAUCGACAUCCGAGCCUGUGCAGACGUGGCACACAGGAAGCAGAAGGGAGUGCUGGUGGCAGUGGACAACACCUUCAUGUCUCCAUAUUUCCAGCGUCCUAUGUCCCUGGGGGCUGAUAUUUGUGUGUCUUCUGCAACCAAGUACAUCAAUGGGCACAGCGAUGUUCUCUUGGGCCUGGUCUCUGUAAACCGGGAUGAUCUCUAUGAGAGGCUCAAAUUCCUUCAGAUCCACCUGGGAGCUGUUCCCUCUCCCUUUGACUGCUUCCUCUGCAACCGGGGGCUCAAGACUCUGCACAUCCGGAUGAAGCUGCACUUCCAGAACGGCCUGGCUGUGGCCAAGUUCCUGGAAACCCAUCCCCGGGUGGAGAAGGUCAUUUACCCAGGGUUGGCUUCCCACCCCCAGUACCAUGUGAUGCAGAAGCAGUGCACGGGUGUUUCUGGCAUGGUCAGCUUCUGCAUCAAAGGGAAAAAAGAAAAUGCCGUUGCCUUCCUCAAGAACCUGAAGAUGUGA